UGUGUGCAUUAUUCCAAUCAUACUUUGGGACUUAAGAUUGGUGAAAGAAAUUAGUUAAUGUACUAAGGAAUCUUAAUUUCAAACACAAUUCUAUACCUUUUAAAUGGUCUUUCUUGCUGACAUGCUACAGGUUGAGAAUUAAACAUUUCUCAACAAUUUCAACUCAGCCUGGAUAGAAGACACAUUUAAAGAGAUGUCUCUGGCACACUGGCAUUCAGCUAAUCAGACUUCACACGCAUCGAUCAAUAUUACAGAACAACUGAGAUCUAUCAAUGACAACGAUAUUGUAGAUCAAGGAUGGACUGAAGACUCCUUUCCAGGAUUAGAAAUACUGUGCACAAUUUAUGUUACAUAUGCUGUAAUCAUUUCAGUGGGUCUCCUCGGAAAUGCUAUACUCAUCAAAGUCUUUUUCAAGAUUAAAUCAAUGCAGACGGUUCCAAACAUUUUCAUAACCAGCUUGGCUUUUGGAGACCUGCUUCUUUUGUUAACCUGUGUGCCAGUAGAUGCAACACGCUAUAUUGUGGAUACCUGGCUCUUUGGAAGAAUUGGCUGCAAGCUGUUAUCUUUUAUCCAGUUAACUUCAGUUGGAGUAUCAGUGUUCACUUUAACUGUUCUCAGUGCUGACAGGUACAGAGCUAUUGUUAAGCCCUUGGAACUGCAAACAUCAAAUGCAGUUUUGAAGACCUGCUGUAAAGCUGGCUGUGUUUGGAUUGUCUCCAUGAUAUUAGCAAUCCCAGAAGCUGUAUUUUCGGAUUUAUAUUCAUUCAGCAAUCCUGAAAAAAAUGUGUCUUUUGAAGCUUGUGCCCCUUAUCCUGUAUCUGAGAAGAUUCUGCAAGAAGCUCACUCUCUGGUUUGCUUUUUGGUGUUCUAUAUUAUACCGCUAGUUGUCAUUUCUGUCUAUUAUUUUCUUAUUGCCAAAACAUUGUACAAAAGUACAUUCAACAUGCCAGCUGAAGAACAUGGCCAUGCCCGUAAACAGAUUGAAUCCCGCAAGAGAGUGGCAAAAACAGUCCUGGUGCUAGUUGGUUUGUUUGCCCUCUGCUGGCUGCCUAACCACAUUCUCUAUUUGUAUCGAUCUUUCACCUACCACUCUUCCGUAGAUGCCUCUGCCUUUCAUCUUAUAGUCACUAUUUUCUCCCGGGCUUUGGCCUUCAGCAAUUCCUGUGUCAAUCCCUUUGCUCUUUAUUGGCUGAGUAAAAGUUUCCGGCAACAUUUUAAAAAGCAAAUCUUGUGUUGCAAGGCGAGGCUUCCCACACGGCCUCCCAGCAACACACCUACCAGAGCUUUGUCAGCCACAGGCAGCACAAAUGGCUCAGAAAUCAGUGUUACUUUGCUAACAGAUUAUAGUAUCACAAAAGAAGAGGAGAGUGUUUAGUUCUUCGAUCAUGGAGAAGUGCCAACAUCAUACAUUUCCCAAGAUUCUAGUGCACCGGGACCCUGCUAGGAGCUGCAAGUAAACAAAAGAAUGCACCCUUUAUACAGUCUGUGAAAGCAUCUUCAGCAUGACUUUUUAACAUCUUCAAUUAUACAAUGGAGAAAUCACACCAGUGUGUGUGGGGAAAAGAAGAAACACAACUGAUGUAAGCUCAGUCAAGAGGAUAGUGCCUAUUCCCCGGGAAUGCUAUGCAUCCUUUCCAUAUGCCUGAGGUUUCUGCGCCAAGCUGACAAAGUUAAGCUCAGUUAAACUCACUUGAGCUGCAGGAAUAUUUUUGUACUGGUUCUGUGUUCAGAAAAUUAGAAUUGUUGUUAUACUCUUGGCCAGAGAGUAGUGACAAUCAGCGCUGCCUUUUGUUGAACACUUAUGUUGUCUUUGAUGUUUUU